CCACCACCACCACCACCACAACAAACUCUUUCCUUCACCAGUUCUGCGUCGUCUCCUUCCCCUGCACGUCCGCGCCACAUCUUGCGCCACAAGAGAGUUUACAUGUGCGUAUAAUCUCCCACGCCCUAGCGAUUGUGCUGAGGACCCCAUAGGAUAGAACAGCCGCCGUAGCCCCUACAUGUUAGAAGAGGAGAGGCAGGUGUGGCUGAGGAGAAAAAACACGACAGUACACUCAGGUUUUGUCCCCUGCAAGUGUCUCUCUCAGGUGCUAAAGGUUAAAGGUUCAAUAGUCCCAACUUCACCUUCACCGCCUCAUGUCCCCGCCCCGCUAACAACCCCUCACGUCGCCCCAGGAUGUGCUCGUCCCGCCUCGCCUCGCCCCUGUUCACCACCCACCCCUAGGAAACAAAGGAGUCGGAGGAAAACAACGCUAGUCCUCAUAACUGCCUGUGUCUUGGUGGUGUGUCGCUCUCCCCCCCACCUCCCCUCAUGAGUGCCGGGGAGCUAUAGUGUGGCGCCGUGUGUUGCCAUGGGCACUGGAAGCAGCACCUAUGCCACGGAAGUGGAAACUUACCCCACUGAGGACCCCUACGAGGAGGAAGACGUGGACGCCGUGGCCACGCCCCUGCGGCCAGCCUACGCCCCUGCCUCCACCAAGGUGUCUGAAACAUCCUUCAAUCGUCGAAGAAAUCUUUGUCCUACUUUCAACCCCUCCCUGUCCCCUUCCCCCGAGCAGGACCAGGACUCAGAGUCUCCCAAUAACGGCCUGCCCUUUCAGCCUGCCCUGGCGCCGCCAUACAACGGCGUCAGCUACUACCCGCUGUCGGUGUCUGGCUCCGACUCGGUGGGUCCUGAUGUGGUGCUGUCCCGCGUGGUGCAGGUGCUGGAGACCGCACCGCCCCCUUACUUGCUCCUGCCGGAUCACCCAAACAUCCCACCCUCGCCCGUGAGCGUGAGGAAGCCACCCCCCGUGCCGCCCAACACAGCCCACUCCCGCAGAGGAAGGCCUGGUUACCAUCAGCAGUAUCCCGGCUUUAAUAAAUCUCGUACCAAUACCCAUACGAUGUCUGAAGGAGGCGUGUCAGUAGGAGGGCGGCCACCAGACCCACAUCCGCCGCAUUAGCUUCCCCAGUACACAGUAUGUAUGGGAGGGGCAUCUUCGUUCAGUUCCAUAAGGUGGUGACAGCCUUCGAGAGGAGGCACAACGCCCUUAGAUGACCAUGAACGCUUCCAAUAAGUGAUUUUGUUUCACUCUAUCAUCCCUCGCAAGCGGAAACCGUGACCUGAUACAGAGAGUGAGGUUGAGGCGUGGUCACGACCGACCUGAAGCAGCUACUCCUCGCCGCCCCUCGCCUGCAGCUGGGUGUUGGGUCUGUGUCCCAGCAUGACAUUAUCUCGAAUGACUGACUCGGAUAAUUUAUGGGCGACUCCCCAAGGCAAACAGUGUUGGAGGGAGAGUGUGGAAAAUAGAUGUUGCAUGUACUGCGUGUGAGGGCAGGUGGAGGGACCUGGGGGAAGUUCUUCCGGUGGCGAGCAGCUGCAGGGAGUGUUUGAGAAGGAUGCGAUGGGAAAAAAGAGGAAGUGGAAAUACUUCAUAUCCUUCUCAUUCUUCCCUCCAGCCUGUCCCAUCCUGACGGUAAAGCUGGAGAGGCGGGGCACUGAUAUAGAA